CGGCAGAUUCCCAGCCACCAUGCUGGAGGUCCUCGCACCCAGUCCCCUUCCACCGCCCGAGGAAGAGAUGCAGAAAGACACUUUGGUGCCACCCUCCUCUGCACCCUCAGCCUCGAACAGUGCCCUCGGCGGCGCAGGCCAGCAGGCCAGUGUGUCGGGAGUCCCUAGCAAGAGCCAGACCGGGUGCCGCGCCUGCCCCAAAGCCUGCAGAAAGCCCAGCAUAUGCACGGUGAUCCUGGAGGUAAUGGCAGACAAGGCGGGCCGCAGCCGUGUGUCGCUGGCCACCCUGAAGAAGGCUCUCAUCGCCAGGGGCUACAACAUGACCCGCAAUGCCUGGCGCUUCAAGAAAGUGCUCAAGAGGCUGGUGGACAAGGGUAUACUCAAGCGGGUGACCAGCAAGGGGACCUCAGGCUCCUUCCGCAUGAACAAGAAGCAGGCCUCCAAGCUCAAGCUCAAGGCCAAAAGACGGGGGCAGAAGAAGCAGUGCCGGUCUAGGCAGCGCCGCUCCAGGCAGCGAAGGUUGCUACUGAACUCCAAACGGGGACGCAGGCGGCUAAUCAAGAGGGCUCGCAGGGUGGCCAAAUGCCACCGCAAUUAA